AUUCUACAAAAUCCACAUCGACGAGAUAUAAAGGUACUUGAGUGGAGCACAUACAGUCACGUGCUAAACACCCAUCUUCUUGCCUUUUUGCCUUUUUGCCUUCUUGCCUUCUUUGCACCGCCUCCUAUUGUGAUACAGCGCCCCCACCUUCCCAAGUCUAAUCCGAUUUGACUCCUGAUACCGUGCAACGAGUCCCCGACUAAGGUGACCUUUCCAGUACCGACUGUAACGUUAGGCGUCAGGUAGCGCAUUUCUUAGCGCACUUUCGAGCCCCGUUAACAGCUGGAUAGCACCUGCCCUUACCUAACUUAAGUACCUAAUUUAAGGUCCUAGGCAGUUUAUCGUACAAUAAACCGUACUUUAGCAGCAAUCCGACCGCCUUACCCUCGCAAUUGCCUUAACAUUUGUACCUAAUUCCCCCCCAAUUCACAAUUCACAACUCCACUCAGGUAUAUUCCGUUGCCUGCAUCUACAAGACACUUCUAAAACCUUUCCCGACAACCAACCAAAACCGUGCCAACGGAGGACAUUUGGGAAGUGUCCGCAGAGACGCAGAGAAUCUCAUAACGUUCAACUUCUCGACUCUCAAAACAUAGCGCCGACCUCGACCUUUGUUAUAGUUUCGUCACAUAUAGGCCCCACGGUCUAGGCUCCUUUUUAUCUAUCACCGCCGCUACAGUCUCCUGUUUCCUCGCGGACUCUUCGAUAGUAGUUCAUCUCAACCGGAACUUUAUUGCCCAACAUGGCCAACGACGAAUAUGAUUUUCUCUUCAAAGUGGUGUUGAUUGGAGACUCCGGCGUCGGAAAGUCCAACCUACUUAGUCGAUUCACCCGUAACGAAUUCAAUCUAGACUCCAAGUCGACGAUCGGUGUCGAAUUUGCGACUCGAUCCAUCCAAGUCGAUUCCAAGACCAUCAAAGCGCAGAUCUGGGAUACUGCAGGCCAGGAACGAUAUCGCGCUAUUACCUCGGCGUAUUACCGUGGUGCAGUCGGUGCGCUUCUUGUCUACGACAUCAGCAAGCACCAAACCUACGAGAACGUCACGAGAUGGUUAAAGGAACUCCGGGACCAUGCUGAUGCCAACAUUGUCAUCAUGCUGGUCGGAAACAAGAGCGAUUUGCGGCACCUUCGAGCUGUACCCACGGAGGAAGCUAAGUCGUUCGCAAGUGAAAACCACCUCUCCUUCAUAGAAACUUCUGCUCUCGACGCCAGCAACGUUGAGCUUGCCUUCCAGAACAUUCUUACUGAAAUCUACCGCAUCGUUUCGAGCAAGGCGUUGGAUAGCGGCGAGGGUGCCCAAGCCCCGAUGGCAGGUACCAACAUCUCGUUGAGCAAGUCUCCGGAUGAUGCUGCGAAGCAGGGCGGAAAGUGCUGUUAAAUUUAAUUCCCUACUCGAGACGAGAUGAUGCGACGGCUAUACAGUUGAUAUGACGUUACGUAUAUGGCGUCACGUAUUGCCCGGAACGAAUACUCUUUUGAUAGAGUGAUACGUCAUGGGGUUCGGGAUAUUGACCUUACACAGGACAUGGCUCUCUUGAUUUUGAUUUCCUGCUUUUACUGAUGUUCGUCGGCCCAUAGUCUUAGAUAUGACAAGUAAGGGGUCACGGACAAAUGUCUAAUCUAGUACACCCGACGUAGUUACUAAAUGCGAUCUUUCUCUUGCCCUGAUAUCUGGUGGUAGUGCCUAUUUGUCUACCAUUAAUCAACGUGGCUUUUUCAUCUUAUGUUACCGGCAGAUUGGAUGGAAUGCCAGAUGCCCGAAAGAAAGGAUUGUAAGUUAUACUAUGUGCUUGCAUUCCAUGCCUAGCUGCUCACACCCAAAUGAAUUCGCUCUGUCUGAGAUCAGACCUACUUAUGAUGAUCAUGGUUGGCAGCUUGGCGAUCGCAAAUGUAUAUCAUGUACGAUUAUCAGCAUAAAUUUUGUACAUG